GUCAUUAGAGAAAAAAAAAAUGAAGAGAAGGAGACUUUUUUUCUCUGUUCUACUCUCUAUCCUAACUCUGUUCAUCAAUGGUCCUUUGAUAACGACAGCUCAAUCUCCACCUUCUUCUUCAACUUCAUGUAACCGUAUCUGUGGAGGAAUCGAGAUUCCUUUUCCUUUUGGAAUCGGACGAAGAGACUGUUUUCUCAACGACUGGUACGAGGUUGUCUGUAACAGCACCACCUCCGGUAAAUCCUUAGCUCCGUUCCUCUAUAAGAUCAACAGAGAAUUAGUUAGCAUCACUCUUCGAAGCAGCAUCGACAGUUCCUACGGAGUUGUUCACAUUAAAUCUCCGGUGACUUCCUCCGGCUGUUCUCAACGACCCGUAAAGCCUCUUCCUUUAAACCUCACCGGUAAAGGAAGUCCCUUUUUCAUCACCGACUCGAAUCGUCUCGUCUCAGUUGGUUGUGACAACAGAGCAUUGAUUACAGACAUCGAAUCUCAGAUCACAGGAUGCGAAUCGAGCUGCGACGGAGAUAAGAGUCGUUUAGACAAGAUCUGCGGUGGUUACACAUGUUGUCAGGCGAAGAUUCCGGCGGAUAGACCGCAAGUAAUCGGCGUUGACCUUGAAAGCUCCGGUGGUAACACAACUCAAGGAGGAAACUGUAAAGUUGCUUUCUUGACGAAUGAGACUUACUCUCCGGCGAAUGUUACAGAGCCGGAACAAUUUUAUACUAAUGGGUUUACGGUGAUUGAGCUUGGUUGGUACUUUGAUACAUCAGAUUCUCGGUUAACGAAUCCUGUGGGUUGUGUGAAUUUGACGGAAACAGGGAUUUACACGAGCGCACCGAGCUGUGUUUGUGAGUAUGGUAACUUCUCUGGCUUUGGUUACAGUAACUGUUACUGCAAUCAGAUUGGUUACAGAGGGAAUCCUUAUCUUCCUGGUGGAUGCAUUGACAUUGACGAAUGUGAGGAAGGAAAAGGACUAAGCAGCUGUGGAGAACUAACUUGUGUGAAUGUUCCUGGAUCGUGGAGGUGCGAGCUGAAUGGAGUAGGGAAGAUCAAGCCUCUGUUUCCAGGUCUUGUUCUAGGUUUUCCACUGUUGUUCUUGGUACUUGGGAUAUGGGGAUUGAUCAAGUUCGUUAAGAAGAGAAGGAAGAUUAUCCGAAAGAGAAUGUUCUUUAAACGUAAUGGAGGCUUGUUGUUGAAACAACAGUUAACUACAAGAGGAGGUAAUGUGCAGUCAUCGAAGAUAUUCAGUUCGAAAGAGCUGGAGAAAGCGACGGAUAACUUCAAUAUGAACAGGGUUCUUGGGCAAGGAGGUCAAGGCACUGUCUACAAAGGAAUGUUGGUAGAUGGGCGAAUUGUUGCUGUGAAAAGAUCUAAAGUUUUAGAUGAAGAUAAAGUUGAGGAGUUUAUCAAUGAAGUUGGUGUUCUCUCGCAGAUUAACCAUAGAAAUAUUGUCAAACUCAUGGGGUGUUGUCUCGAGACAGAGGUUCCUAUCUUGGUUUAUGAACAUAUUCCAAAUGGAGACCUAUUCAAGCGGCUUCACCAUGAUUCUGAUGAUUACACUAUGACUUGGGAUGUGCGAUUGCGCAUCUCUGUUGAGAUUGCAGGAGCACUUGCUUACUUGCACUCGGCUGCAUCAACUCCGGUCUAUCAUAGAGAUGUCAAGACCACAAACAUACUUUUGGAUGAGAAGUAUAGAGCCAAGGUAUCGGAUUUCGGGACCUCGAGAUCCAUAAACGUAGAUCAAACUCACUUGACUACUCUAGUUGCAGGUACUUUUGGAUACUUGGAUCCAGAGUACUUUCAAACUAGCCAGUUUACGGAUAAAAGUGAUGUUUAUAGUUUUGGGGUCGUCUUGGUUGAGCUCAUAACUGGAGAAAAGCCGUUUUCUGUAAUGCGGCCCGAAGAAAACAGAGGACUUGUGUCUCAUUUCAAUGAGGCUAUGAAACAGAACAGAGUUCUUGAUAUUGUUGAUUCUCGGAUCAAAGAAGGUUGCACGUUGGAACAAGUGUUGGCUGUGGCGAAACUUGCCAGAAGGUGUUUAAGUCUAAAAGGGAAGAAACGACCAAAUAUGAGAGAGGUUUCAGUUGAGCUUGAGAGGAUCCGUUCAUCACCCGAAGAUUUGGAGUUACAUAUUGAAGAGGAGGACGAAGAAGAAUGCGCCAUGGAAAUCAACAUGGAUGAUUCUUGGAGCGUCGACAUGACUGCUCCAGCUUCCCUCUUUGAUUUAUCGCCCAAGUUAGACGUUGAACCGCUGGUUCCUCAACGAACAUGGUGAUGAUGGAACCUAAAACACUGCAAAUGUACAAAGUGCUGUGAUAACAAAUUCUCUCAAUGUUCCAUUCUUUAUUAAUAAAAAAUUUGAUGAUGUCAAAGAAAAAAACUUGUAUUCUCCAAAACUUUUAGCAUAUAUAUUCGAUUACAGAAGAUUCAUAUUUGU